AUGAAUGAAUCGAGAUCCGUCAUUGUCGUGUGUCCUCCUCAUGUGGGUCCACGACAUUUUGUUGUCCGGCGCCGCAAGAAAAGCUGGAUCUUUGUGGCUGCUGCUGUGUGUUGUGCCGUUACUAGCAUCAUUUUUCUUGGUGCUGGACUGAAAAAUGUGACUGGUGGUGCUAAUGACGUCAAUGAAACCUCUUGGGUUGGUUUCUUCGUUGAAGGGAUCAUUUGGGUCUCACUUACGGUUUCACUGCUUGUUAAUGGCUCAAAGUGGACUGAGAUUCUUGCAUCUGUUUGGUGGGUCUCUUUUGCUUUGCUGGAUUCUGCUGCAAAUAUCCAGACACUUUUACAGGGAAAAGGCAUCAGAGUCUUUGACAUCAUUACGUGGCUGAUGAGCCUUUUGCUUCUCCUUUGCUCCUGUAUCAAUCUCAGAGCUUCUCCUGCUCAAGAUUGCAGUGAAACAGGCCUUUCUGAUCCUUUAUUAACUGGAAAACCUCGAAAAAACUCAGCGAGAAGAUAUCCCAAGUGUGUCCCGGAGGAUGAGGCUGAAUUAGCUUACAAUAAAUUCUCUCAAGCAUGGGAUACUCUUCUCACAGAGGGAUGCUCAACGAAGAAAAGAAACUUGGUGUUUAGAGCCGUUGCGAAAGUUUACUUCAAGGAAAACAUAUUCAUAGCAAUAUGUGCCUUUCUCAGAACCGUUGCUGUUGUAUCUCUUCCACUACUGCUAUAUGUCUUUGUGGACUAUGCAAACAGUGACCAGAGGGAUCUCCGCGUUGGCUUCUUCAACUUAGCUUGUCUGGUUAUGCUGAAGCUAGUUGAGUCCUUGUCGAUGAGACAUUGGUAUUUUGCAGCAAGAAGAUCAGGGAUGAGGAUUAGAUCAGCGCUAAUGGUCGCUGCCUAUAAAAAGCAGUUAAAGUUAUCAAGCUUGGGGAGGAAAAGGCAUUCAUCUGGAGAGAUUGUGAACUACAUUGCGGUGGAUGCAUAUCGAAUGGGAGAAUUCUUGAGGUGGUUCCACUCGGGAUGGAGCCUUACGCUACAGCUUUUGCUUUCACAGCUGUGCUUUUUGGUGUAG